AUGUCUCUUUCUUUUUUAAUCAAUUCAGUUUUUGCGUCGUCUCCGAAAGCAUCAAAGUUCAUAUCUAUCUAUCUAUCUAUCUAUCUAUCUAUCUAUCUAUCUAUCUAUCGUUGUUUAUAUCUAUGUACGUGUAUGAGUCGCUGUUCAUAUCCAUCUGAUUCUAUCUAUCUAUCUAUCUAUCUAUCUAUCUAUCUAUCUAUCUAUCUAUCUCAGUCUCUGAUCAUAUCUAUCUAUGUAUUGAUCGCUUUUCAUAUCUAUCUAUCUAUCUAUCUAUCUAUCUAUCUAUCUAUCUAUCUAUCUAUCUAUCUAUCUCAGUCUCUGUUCAUAUCUAUCUAUCUAUCUAUCUAUCUAUCUAUCUAUCUAUCUAUCUAUCUAUCUAUUAAUCGCUUUUCAUAUCUAUCUAUCUAUCUAUCUAUCUAUCUAUCUAUCUAUCUAUGUCAGAUGGAGUGCAUUCUGCAAAAACAAAUACGGAAAGGCAUUACCCCGGUUAGUGAUUUGAAUUUGAGUUGGCUUCCAUCAUUCUCACUCUCACUCUCUCCCAUGUGUCUACUCAAAUCUAUCUCAUUCUCUGUUCAUAUCUAUCUAUCUAUCUAUCUAUCUAUCUAUCUAUCUAUCUAUCUAUCUAUCUCAUUCCCUGUUCAUACCUACCUACCUACCCUACCUACCUACCUACCUACCUACCUCUCUCUCUCUCUCUCUCUAUAUAUAUAUAUAUAUAUAUAUAUAUAUAUAUAUAUAUAUAUAUAUAUAUAUUACAUUUUCUGUUCAUAUCUAUCUAUCUAUCUAUCUAUCUAUAUAUAUAUAUAUAUAUAUAUAUAUAUAUAUCCAUAUUUCAUUUUCUGUCCAUAUCUAUCUAUCUAUCUAUCUAUCUAUUUUUCUCUCUCUCUUUCUAUAUAUAUAUAUAUAUAUAUAUAUAUAUAUAUAUCCAUAUUUCAUUUUCUGUUCAUAUCUAUCUCAUUCUCUGUUCAUAUCUAUCUAUCUCAUUAUUUAUUCAUAUCUAUCUAUCUAUCUAUCUAUCGAUCGAUCGAUCUAUCCAAUUCUCUGUUCAUAUCUAUCUAUCUGUCUAUCUAUCUAUCAAUCUAUCUAUCUAUCUCAUUUUCUGUUCACGUCUAUCUAUCUAUCUAUCUAUCUAUCUAUCUAUCUAUCUAUCUAUCUAUCUAUCUCUUUCUGUUUUAUACCUGUUUAUACUUAUUUCCCUAUCUCCGUCCCUUGUUAAUAUCUAUAAUAAUUGCUACUGGACAGUGGAAUUAA